ACCGACAAGUUGAAAAUAAAAACAGCCCAUGGGAAGUAACACAAAAUAUGGAAAAAGAACGUGAAAAAUUUAAAUAAAUUCCUCAAAUUAAGACAUUUGAGCCAUGAACAAAUUCUGCCGAACUUGCGGUAAACAGAUUGUGCCGGAGCACUGUCUGCAGAUGUUCUCAACAGAGGGCCGCCAGCUGUUGCGCUGCGUCAGAACCAUAACAAACUGCUGGAUUCAAAGUGCUCCUGACUUCCCCUGCUAUAUGUGUAUCGACUGUCAGAAUCUCCUAAGACAAGUGCAACGCUUCCAAAGGAGAUGUGCAAAGAUUGAAAAGUACCUCUCUAGAAAGGAACUAAAAACUAGCUUGGCGGAGGAUCCUGCAACAGUGGCGCUACAGCCUCCUAUUCAACAGGUGCCCGUUGCAGAUCCUCUGGGUAUCGACGAGCUAAUGGCACCCAGUGAGGUCAAGCAGGAACCCGAGUCCGUAGCCGAAGAGAUUGUAGAAAAAAUAGAAGAUACCUUUGAAGAGACCAAUAUGGAAGAGGGGCAGUCACCUCUUCCUGAGGACUAUGGUGAAUCGCAGCCCGAGAUCUCGACUAAUGACACUAAUCCGCGGAAGAUUAAGGUAAAGAACAAGUCCAAUAAAAAGACGAUGCGUCUGGGGCGAAAGCUGAUUCACGUUAAAGUCAUUGACGACAAACAACCCAAGCGCAUUGUGGACCGGAAUAGCACCACAGCGAAGCCCUGCAUCUGCGAGCACUGUGGUCGGCAAUUCAAGGAUACCAGCAACCUCAACGUCCACCUGCUGCGUCACACGGGCACCAAGCCCUUCGAAUGCGAACAAUGUCACCAGAAGUGCUACACCUUGCACCUGCUGCGGCGGCACCAACUGAAGCACACAGAGGGUCCUUACGCCUGCACCUUCUGUGGCUUGGAAUACAGCACAAACAGCUCAAGAGUGAGGCAUGAAAGAGAGGCCUGCAAAAAGGGUCGAGCGCCGCAAUCCAAGUGGGAAAUCAUCAAAAAGGGCGAGCGUACUUUCCAUUGCGAGGUUUGCGAUCUGUGGUUCCUACGCGCUGGAAACUUCACUCAGCACAUCAACUCCUCCAGUCACGUAGAAAAUGAGAAACGAAAAAUGCGAAAAUCAAAAUCAAUUCAAUCCUUGGACACAAAUACAUAAAAAACAGUCAACCACAUUUUUAUUCAACGACUAAUUCACUAAUAGACUUCUUUUUAUGCAGA